AUGGCAACAUGUCAAUAUGCUAUCGAUAGCCUUCCAGCAUAUACACCUCAACUGAUUGCUUUCUUGAUAGCAUUAGUGGAAUUUAUCAUUGUUGUCAUUGCCUAUAUCGCCCGAGAAACUCAACGAAAAAAGACAUUUUAUGGACGUGAAGAUUUUGAAGAUAUUCCAGAAGAGGAGAAAAUGGAACAUGAAGGAGCUGUUAUGGGUAAAAAUACCGAAGAACUUCAUAUCGUACAAUCAACGGAUCGUACGGCGGAAGUUGACGUUGGUACGAUAACUACACCAAAUGCUAGCGGUGUUAAAGUAAUGGUACGAAGGAAGAAGGCUAUUUCAGAACAAAUUGAAUCAUUGACAAAAAAAGAGAUAACUGCAGCGGAUGCUAAUAUUAUUCGUUUCACGCUGGAAAUCGAUUUGACAGCACGUGGAUUCGAAUUUAUCUCUAUACUUCAGAAUGCUUUGCAAGAAGUUAAAGAAUUUAAACAUAUUCAAGUCAAACUAACUGAUAAUGCCCAAGAUCGCCUGUGUGAUUUUUUGGUUCGUAAAAUGCGUGCAAUUUUGGAGGAGUCUACACAACGUAGAUGGCUGGUACAUGGAGUAAUUCAUGAUAAAAUUUGGAAAGUAAGCGGAUUAGAGAAUUUACUAGAAAAAGGUGGUGAUAUCAGGACACAACAAAUGCUCCGCAUUACUGCACAAGGACCGUUCCCACCGAUUACCAUUCUUGCUUAUAUGAUUGAAAUUGAUAUGAAAUUGGGACAAAUGAAGACACAACUGAUGCCAUCACCAUUUGUUAUCAGUAGGAAGAAUAAAAGUAAGAUAUAUGAUGAAUCUCCAACACAAUCUAUUUCAAGAACAUUUGAAAAGACGCCUCACAUGAAACAAAAACCUUCACCUGUAACACCGACAACUGUAAGUUACUGA